AUGGCGUACAAUAAUCGCAUGAGCAUGGCUGGCUCUCAACAGCACCACAAUCGAUCCCGCAAGAAGGAAGACGAUAAUGACGCAUUGAUGCGCCUGCCCGAUAAAGAGAUUGCAGGAUGUAUCAACGAUAUCGGAAUUCCCUUCACCGCGGCCGACCUGAUGAAGCCUAAUGCCCAACAAAUUCAGAUGGUGUUCGAAUGGUUCGCAGAGCUUCUCAUGAACAUUACGCGCGAGACGGUAGAACCGGCGAUGCACGCAGCAGCCGAGGAUCUAUGCGGCGACUACCCCGAUAUUAUUCCCAACGACACGCGCAACCUCAUGGGAUUUUUCAUGAGCAUUCGGACGUUACUGGCGGAGUGUGGAGUUAAUGACUUUACUUUCACCGAUUUGACAAGACCGACUCACGAUCGACUCGUCAAAAUCUUCUCUUACCUUAUCAACUUUGUCCGUUUCCGCGAGUCUCAAACCCCGGUAAUCGACGAACACUUCAACAAGACCGAGAAAACUAAAGCGCGAAUCGAUCAGCUGCUGGCAGAGAACCAAGAGAUGGAGCAACGCUUGGCCGAGAUGCGACGAGGUCAACAGGCCAAUGAGAUUCAAGUGCGAGAGAAAGUCGCCCGGAAUGAUGCACUCAAGGCACGGCUGAGGGAAUUGGGAGCCGAGCAGUCACGAGUUGCUGAGACACUCGAUCGAGUGAAGGGUGACAGGGCGCGGCGGCAACAGCAGUUGGAAGAGAAGACCGAGAGGACGGUGAGGAGUCGACAAGAAGCAGAAAAGCUACGACCCUACGUUCUCGAAUCGCCCGCCACCUUGCAGUCUUCCCUGACUGAGCUGGCCGAGAAUUUGAUGCGUGAGAAAGCACAGAUUGACGCCAUGGAACGGCGCUCUCGAGCUUUACAGACAUCCUCAGAUACGUUCACCGUUGUUUCCAACGACGUGCAGGCAUGCGUCAAGCUGCUAGAGGAUAUUUCUACCGAGCUACAGAAAGAGGAGGAAGAAGAAGCUCGUGCGGCGCGCAACAAAGAUGCUAUCUCGGAUAAGGGGAAUACCGUACGAGAAGUCGAGCAGACAGAAAAGCUACUGCAGCGUCAAUUGGUACGAUGGCAGGAACGAAUUGAAGCGCUGCGCAAGACGGCACAGGAGAAAGCAGAGGUGGCGCAGAUUCGGAUGGAGGAGCUUCGAAAUGUGCAGAAACAGCUUCGAGAAGAGCGUGCGGAGAAGCAACGGGAUAUGGAACGGAGACGCAUUCGGAUUGAGCAAACAGAGAAGAAGAUGGUUGAUCUCAAGGAGAACAUCGAGAGCGAGAUUCAAGCGGCCCACGACCAGUAUCUCAAGCUGGAGUCCCACAUCAAGCUCUACAUCACCGAGAUGGAGAAAUCGUUGUGA